GACAUAUUUCAUCGACAACAACCAACAAAAUUUGGUUCAUUAGGUUGAAACGUUUAUUUAAAAUGUAAAACUAGACUUUAAUGCGUAAAAUACAUCCAAAAUGUGGAAGUUUAUCUUAAAAACAGUGAUACUGCUGUCGUGUGGAUUUACCACUCAGGCGGCUAUUCUAAGCAAAAACCAACCUAUACCUUGGUCAUUACCAGAAUCAGUGACUGGGAUAUCAAAACUGUCCAUUGAUUGUUCAGGAACCCUCAAGAUAGUUAGCACAUCUCCAUCAUACUGUUCCAACUGCUUCGGCAUCAUUCCGGCAGGCACCGGUACGUAUUCUUUGUUCUACGCAGCACGAAAUGGAGCUUCUCUGAACUACGACACCGCCAACCUCUACACCUUCAGCAUGAGCUGCGAUGACGGGACAACAGACCCAACUACCGGAAAUGUGGUCCUGAAUGUUAUUCCCAACUUCCCACCAACCUUCCAAGAUACCUCAAGUAUCAUAACAGUGUCGUCAGCCACGACAGCAGGUGGACAGGUUUAUGAUCCUAAACCGCAAGACGAAGAGAAUGAUCAACUUACCUUUUCUCUCGAGGAAAGUCCAAAUAAUGGAUUUUUCCAAAUUGACGCGAAUGGAGUAGUUCGUGCCAAGAAGAGCCUGAACACCUUCUGCAGCCAGGAGACUUUAACAAUAAGAAUGGAGGAUGGGUCGAAUCCGCCAGUAAUCAAAACAAUUACUAUGGAUCCAGGAGGAAACACCAAACCAACUUUAAAAGAUUGGAAUCGAGUCAUGACCAUUCCUGAAAACACAGAACUGGAAUUACCCAUAACUGACAAUCUUGGUACUGAUGGUAGUUGUAUUCUUACUGUCAAUCCACCAGAAUACUCCGCCUAUUUCGAUUCUACGUCGCGGUGUCCACAAGGUGCUGCUUCCAGAAUAAUUACACCAGCUGGAGGCGAGAAAUUUAACUUCGAAGUCCAUCCACCCGUUAACAUUUCCUUGGUACUUGACAAUGGAAAUUGUCCGUCAGAUGCAAGAUGGCUGUACUUACAAUGGACUGACGUUCCCGAACCCCCGACACUAACUCUGGAUAAAAUGGACUUCAUAACAAAAGAAGGAUUUAUUGAGAUCGAACCAGAGUAUGAGAUCAAGGAUGACGACAACCCGGAUAAGCACGUCUAUUCCUUUGUAGACCCCGAUAACGUGAAUCCAAAUUUUAAGAUCGACCCGGACACUGGUCGAAUAUACACACCAAAAUACUAUGAGAUGAAUUGUGAAGAUGAUAAAGACGGGUUUAUAUUUGACGUGCAGGUCACAGAUCAAAAUGGGAAUUUCUCGGAACCACCUGUUAAAGUCAAGCUGAAUCUAACAGACGUCAAUGAUCACAGACCACGGUUCACACGACGAUUUGAUCCAACUCCUUCCGUGUACGCAGAUUGUAUUCAGCCGUUCACGCUAGUUGACUUGUCGGACGACGUAACGGAUGAUGACUGCGAGUUAACCACAAACAAAGCAGUUGAAUUCGUAGAAGCUUCAUCUGGAAGUCUUUCAAUCUCGAAAGAUGGAAUUGUUCGACUGACCAAGCCUCCUAUAGCAGGUCAGGUGGACAUUUUAACCAUCCAAGCAAUAGACAAAGGAGAACCACCACUAUUGAGUGAAACAGAGACCAUCUCGAUCAGGGGCUUCCCGUGUCCAACAACACCACGAGCUGUAGUUAACCAACCAGAUGACAAUAACGAUAAUAACAACAAUAAUAAUAAUAACAAUAAUAACAACGGGAAUAACAAUAACAAUAACAAUGGAGUAACAAGUAUUGUAGCUACCGUGGCACCCGUGGCAACUGGCUUCUUCGACAAUCCAUGGAACAUUGCUUUGAUUGCCUUGGCUGGAUUACUGGGCCUGCUGUUGCUGCCUCUACUUCUGUACUUAUGCUACAGAUUUUGUGGUCCGUGGUGUAGCAAUGCUUGCUACAAUUGCCGAAAUCCACCUUUGAAAACCAACAAGAUCAAACCCAAUAAACUUAGUGGAGACGGUAAAGGUAAAGCUGAAAAGAAAAAACCGGAAGAAGGAAGGUCAGAAGCCGAAGAAGGAGAGGUCGUGGCAAGCAAGAAAUCAGCUUUGGUCGGUGGCAAGAUCAUCCGCUAUGGUGGAUACGUGGAUGAAUAUGGAUACUCUUAUGCUGAAGCUGGUGGAGGUGGUGGUGGUGGAUAUUCCUCAGGCUAUGGGGGAGGUGGUUACGGAGAAAGCGGCUACGGCUACGGGGAAAGUGGUUAUGGUGGUGGUGAAGGAGUCGUGGUCGGAGAUGCAGAAGGAGGAAAAACAAACGACGGUUAUUGGAAAGAACAUUAUCAAGAUAAAGGCCUUAAAGACCUACCAAGUAGAAACGCAUUGCCUGCAACAGUAGGGAAAUCCUAGAUGAAGAUGCUGAAGACGCAGAAGACAGACCAAUAUAUUAACAUCGAUAUUAAAAGCCAACAACCAACAACACAAAUCGAUCUAAAUAAAAGUAAAGACAUGAGCCCAAAUUGUCAUUUCUUUUAGUAUUGCUUUCCAUUCGACGAACAACCGAACCUGUGUGUUUGAUAAAAAUGGAGAACGUCCACACCAUGUUUCCUUUACCAUAAUUAGCUUUUGAUACCAAUCCUGUUUUAUCCAACCAACUGUGAUAUUUCUAUGUAUUAUAUAAUUUUCUUUAAUGUUCAUAAUUAUUCAACUUAAAUAAAUAUUCAAUUAAAUUGUACAAA